UUACUUCAUUCUCCCCCACCCCUUCCCCUCUCUCUCCCUCUGCCUCUCUCUCGCUCUCUCACUUUCUAAUUCCUCUCACGCACAAACACGCUGACGUUCCCUCCACCGACACCGGGCUUGGCGGCACAGUAUCUCCCGCCACCAUCCGUACACGCAGAUCCGACCCGCUCCUCUUUGCUUUGGCCAUCGGCUCUUUGGAUCCGAUUUAUAUCCCCACCCUCCCCAGCCCCCACUUUCUUUCUCUCCUUUCCUUUUUUUUGCUUUUCUUUUUCUUGUAAAUCUUUUAUUUCUCUUUUCGGUCGUUUUGCCUUUUCUUUUUUCUUUAAAAUCCUAGGGUUCUUUUCGACAUUUUCUUGGUGCUUUUACCCAUACCUCUCGAUUCGACGCAUUUAAGCAGUUAGCCUUUCGAAACAUAAGCAGCUUGACGAUUUUGUCACCUUGAAAGCAGCUUUACGUUUUUACCCCCCUAAAAUUUUCGAGUUGUGACGUGGCAUCAUUUAAAAGGUUGGGAUGAGUGGUACCCACUCCCGUCCGAUUUUGACGCCUGGGGCCUCCAGAAAGCGCAAGGAGAGAGAAGCACCACCGUACUCAUUUUUUAAACCGUCGGCUACACUGUCUUCGGCUCCAACAUCAGCUGCUAAGCCAGGUGAUGGGCUCUCUUCAAAUCGGCUCUUAGCCGGGUACAUGGCUUACGAGUUUCUGACUAAUGGUACCCUGUUCGGCCGGAAAUUCGAACCGGUACGAGCCGAGGCGGUGCCGCUAGCAAGUUCGUCUGCCGAGUCGAAGAGGUGGAAGCCGGAAGUGGAGGCGGCCAACGUGAAGAAGGUGCACCAAAGUUACAAUGAGGUGGCGAGCAUACUGAAGACGGAUGGGGCCCACAUCACCGGGAUUGUCAACCCUAUGCAACUGGCUCGGUGGGUUCAGAUGUGACCCCAACAAAGCCCAGGUUCUUAUGUGGCGUCCCUUGAUUGGUCCACGUACGUCAAACGAGGUCGAGCGCUCAUGCGCGCGAUAACCUACUUGUUGAUUGUAUUUCGGAGAAGACAGUGAGGGUGUCGGAGCACCCCGUAAUAAUAUGGAAACCAAAACAGAAUGAAAUUAGGAAGGCUCAUUUCUCAUCUCUUUCUUUCUAGAAUGUUCCUCCCGGGAAUGAUGUUGAAAUUAGACUUCUCUCUGCCUCCUUGUGUGUUGUUGUAUUUGUUUUUGGUUCGUAGUGAGCUCCAUGUGGGACUUUGGGUGGAAAACCAUGAGAAAUCCUUUAAUAUCUUGAUCUUGUUCAUUCAUCGCAGUUGAUUUAUGUAUAUAUUCAUGUAUUUACGUUAUGCAUGUAUUAUGAAUGACAUACUGUUGGAUACAUGAUUCAUAUAUAACUUGUUGUAUAGAUGGCCGAGCUUGAAGAGUCGGUGAAAGCUCGCAGCUGACUAUUGAAGAAGCGGCAGCUUCCGAUGCCCGCGCGCAUAUAUGAAUGGGAAUGCAUGCAUCCAUGGAUGGAUUUGUCCUCGAUAGUUGGUGAUCUUCAUACAUGUAUGCGUGCUUGUGACUUGUGUGUGCAGGUGUGAUGUGAAAAUGAUGAUAAAGGUACGUACGAACUCCUUGGAAUUUCAAGACGGGUGGCCAUGGCGUCAGAUGAGGACCUUGUACGCUUGUGAUCUCUCUCCUCUGGGGCUGGAGGUAAUUUUCUUACCGGCCGGGUAGAUGGUUACCGAGACUUCUCUACCAAGAAAGCCGUCUUUUUUAGGAAUCAAGGACGUGAUAUAUGGCUGAUGUCCCCGAUAUUUUUUCGUGUGACAUUAAUUAAUGGGUUUUUCAAUCCAUUAUAUUAACACAAUUCAGAUUUUAGUUUUCUUCA